AUGCGCAACAGCGCAGGCCUUCCUCAAUACACAUACGACUUGCACGGUUUGUGUGUGACAGCCGCUGUCAGAGAAGUGAGGGUGCUCAUCGCUGAAGCCAACGCCCGACGGCGCACAGGCGUGAAAGCGCCCUGCUCCUACUGUUUUGUGACGGGAUCGGGACAGUACGGCAACGACUCGAGGAUCAAGGCCGUGCUCAAGAACUACUGUACGGGAUCCGGCCUCCGAUACGAGGACGUGGACGGCGCAACCAUCAAGAUCAUCGCACGCCCCUACCGCUGA